CGCGCGAAUACAUUUUUUUCCUUAUCAAGUAUAAUUCCUAAUGUAGUAAAUUAUUAUCGAAAAUUGAUAACGCGUUGAUAGUUUAAAUGUUUUGUUUGUGAACGAUAUGUUUUCGCCUUUCACUUGGUGUUUCUAUAACGCAGUCGAUGAUGGAUACGAGAGUUUUGCUGUGGUUUCGGAGUAUUUCGGACGAAACUUAUUCAAUAAGCUGACCGUAGUAACUGAACCUCCUGAGCUGUCCAAACCCGCGCUUACACCUGCGACCACCUUACAUUCCGCCGGACAGAAUAUAGAAACCAAGUUGAAACUGGAUGGGCAGAGCAGGCAAGAAAGCAGAACGCAGUUCGUGGAGCAACAGCUAUACAGCGCUAGUCUAGAAGAUAAGGAGACUAAAUUGGAGCCACAAAUUCAUACCAAAAACUCCCCAUUCAUUCGCCCAAGUGAUGCCAGCAAGAGAGAAGCACCAUUAAGAAAUCCCUUCGAUGAAACAUAUGAUGAGUCUAAAAAUCCAUUCGCUGAUGAAACAAUUAAUGAUCCGACUAACCCUUUUGCUGGUGAUGACGACGAUUAUGAUGAUUACGACAAAAAUCUAAAUCCUUUUUCAUGAAGUGAACGCGGUUUCUCAAUUGGUUGGCUGUGCAUUGGCGUAUGUGACGUCACGAUAUUCUAAGAUUUAUAUAAGAAUGUUAAUUUAAAUUCGAUUUAAGCCGAUCUCAGAUAAAAUAACGCAUGUGAUCGCAUGUUUAUUUCUUUUUUAAAUAAAUAUUUGAGAACUUUA